CACCCAUGGGCCCACCGAUGAGCAGCCCACCGAUGGGUGGUCCACCUUUGGGCGGCCCACCGAUGGGUGGCAUGGGAGGACCACCCAUGGGAGGUCCUCCAAUGGGCGCGGGAGGAACAGCGCCGCCGCCCAUGAAGAGCGCAGCUCCGGCUUUUCCAGGCACUGGUAUGGCUUCCUCUGAGCCUCCAGCAGCUUUUGCUGCUGCAGGUGCACAGGCCAGAGCACUGGGGGGGUUAUCCCAUGGACAGCGGCAUGCCAGGUGCAGCAAUGCCUGGGCAACAGCAACAAAGCUCUGGGCAAGAUGCAUAUUCAGCACAGUUCUUGAAAGACGUAGAGACCUUCAACUCUCCGACUCAUUUUGUGCGCUGUUCAGUUUCAAGACUGCCAAAUUCUCUUAGUGCCAAGCAGAGGUUAAACAUCCCAUUGGGUGUUAUCUUGCAGCCUUUGGCACCGGUGCCACCCGACAUAGAGCCUGUUCCGUCGGUGAACUUUGGCGUCGUUGGCACCAUUGUUCGGUGCAAGCAGUGCCGAACCUAUGUGAAUCCUUUUGUGCAGUGGGAGGCCAAUGGACGCCGGUGGAAUUGCAAUCUGUGUGGUUUUUCUCAGUUGACACCCGAUCCUUACUAUGCAUCCUUGGAUGAAUCGGGCAAACGCAUGGACCGCUUCCAAAGAGCUGAACUGCACAAAGGUGCAGUGGAAUACAUCGCUCCAGGAGAAUACAUGGUUCGCCCUCCCCAGCCUCCAGUGUUCAUGUUUGUCAUUGACGUUUCCUACACGUCAGUUGUCACAGGCCUCUUACAAACAGUCGUCACCAGCAUCAAGGAAGCUAUAGAGUCCGGAAAGAUUCCAGGUGGACAGCGUAUACAGGUUGGCAUCAUCACCUUUGACACUAGUUUGCACUUCUACAAUUUGAAUUCCAAUUUGAGUCAACCGCAGAUGCUUGUUGUCUCAGAUCUUGAUGAUCUCUUCUUGCCACUGCCCGACGACAUCCUUGUGCCUCUGGCCGAGAGCGAAACGGCCGUCCUGAACUUGCUCGACUCUUUGCCAUCCAUUUUUGGUGAGACCAAAGUGAAUGAGUCUUGCUUGGGAUCAGCCGUAAGAGGAGCUUUCAUGGCAAUGAAGCACAUUGGCGGAAAGCUUCUGGUCUUUGGUGCUUGCAUCCCCAGCGUUGGCGAAUUGGCGCUGAAGUCCACAAGGGACAACCCCAGGCUGCUGGGCACUGACCGCGAAGUUGAGUUGCUGCGGCCUGCUGGAAACGAUGGCUACAAAGAGCUGGGCAAGGAGUUGACUCCAGCUCAGAUCUCCGUGGAGUUGUUCUUGGCUCCCCAAGCCUACAUGGACUUGGCAUCCAUUUGUCCCCUUGCAAAGUAUACGGGCGGCGAUGUCCACUACUACCCUCAGUUCAACAUCAAUACUUGCUUUGAGAAGUUCAAGGCGGAGUUGGUGCACGUGCUCACUCGCUACAUGGGCUGGGAAGCGGUGAUGAGGGUUCGAGUCUCCAGAGGGUGGAAAAUCACCAAGUUCGAUGGACACCUCUUCAUCCGCGGUCAAGAUUUGCUGGUGGUUCCCAACUGUCAUUCUGAUCAAACCUUUGCAAUUCAGAUCGACAUGGAGGAGAACGUGACACCGGAUCCGGUGCUCUACGUGCAGAGUGCCCUCUUGUAUACCAACAGCGAGGGCGAGCGGCGCAUCCGAGUGCACACGUGGGCCGCCAUGACCACUCCAAACUUCAAUGACAUCAUUGGCUCCAUAGAUGUGCAGGCCAGUGCCGUGAUGAUGUCUCACCAGGCAUUGGAACAAUCUUUGAAGAGCAAUCAGACGGAUGGUCGAAACAAGUUGAGUUCUUUCUGCCAACAAGUGGUCCAGGCCGGGAACAUGUCUCCUCAGUCAGAUGCUCUUCAGUUUUUGCCUCUAUACAUUAUGGGGAUGCUGAAAUCAGCUGCGUUCCGUGCAACGAAUGACAUCUCUGCAGAUCUCCGAACUUAUAUUUGGAUGCGAUUAGAGACGUUGUCUGUCUCGCAGAGCGCAGCUUUUUUCAACCCAAGGCUCAUGGCGCUGCACAAUGCUCCCGAUUCAUGCCGUGUGCCCAACGAGCAUGGACAGAUAGAGUUGCCUGAGAUGCUGAACCUCACCAGUGAGUCCAUGACCCAAGAUGGCGUCUACUUGCUUGAGGAUGGCGAGUCCAUGUAUAUGUGGAUUGGCAGAGCAGUGGACACCAGUUUCUUGCAAGCGGUCUUUGGCACCGGAUCAUUUGAGCAGAUGGAUGUGCUUGCUGCCGAAAGCAUGGCGGGCACUCGUGGAGAUCCCUUGUCAGAGAAAAUCGCCAACAUUCUCAGACAAGUGCGAGCAGAGAGACCGACCCCUUUUCUGCAGCUGCAGAUCUUGCGGCAAGGUGAUCCCAAAGAGGCAAAGUUUUUCGCAGCCCUGAUCGAAGACAGGACUGUUGGCAUGCAAAGCACAUACACAGAAUUUUUGCAGCGGAUGGGUUAUCGAUCACCCCAGCAGCAGGCCCCUCCACAAAGCGGUAUGCCAGCAGGCGGAAUGAUGGCACCACCGAGAGCUUAUUGAGGAGCUUAUUGAGCCUGACCGAAUGAGAGAAACAAAGUAGCAAUGUAGACCCCAACGCAAAGCUGGA